UGAUGUCAACACGGAAGCAGUCUGGAGUCGUGAAGUUGUCGCCGCGCUGAGGAGCAGCUGGACGGUCGAAACGUCUCAUUUCACCGAUUAACGAGCCGGAUCUCAGAUGUUUUAACGUUUCUACGUGCCGUUAAAGCCCGAAGCUGGUCGUCUUUUAUCUCAGGUAGCCCAGUCGGGCUGCAGGCAGCUGCUGACGAUGGUGAAGGUGUUUCGCUGUCCGGCCCGUCAUGGCUACGCCGUGGAAGUGUCCCCGUUCAUCCCUAACAGAGUGGCCUGCGCUGCCUCGCAGUACUACGGCAUAGCUGGUGGUGGCACACUCCUGGUCCUGGAUGAGACGGAGACAGGGGUUGCUCUGGUGAGAAGCUGGCAGUGGGGUGACGGUCUGUUCGACGUAGCGUGGAGUGAAGCCAACGAGCACCUCAUGGUCGCCGGUGGCGGGGACGGAAGCCUGCAGCUGUGGGACACAGCCAAUCACAACGCUCCGCUGAGAGUAGCCAAAGAACACACGCAAGAGGUGUACGCUGUAGACUGGAGUCAAACCAGAGGCGAGAACCUCAUCGUCUCUGGAUCGUGGGAUCACACCGCUAAAGUGUGGGACCCCACUCUCAGCCAAUCGCUCACCACACUCAGGGGUCACGAAGGGGUCAUCUACAGCACCAUUUGGUCGCCUCACAUCCCAGGAUGCUUUGCCUCAGCCUCCGGUGACGGCACGCUCAGAGUUUGGGAUGUCAAGGGCGCCGUGUGUCGAUUGGCGAUUCCUGCACACAAGGCUGAGAUCCUUAGCUGUGAUUGGUGCAAAUAUGACCAGAAUAUUGUGGCCACAGGCUCAGUAGACUGCAGUGUGUGUGUGUGGGACAUGAGGAAUGUCCGGCAGCCUGUCAAUCAACUGCUAGGCCACACCUAUGCCAUCCGCAGAGUUAAGUUUUCUCCGUUCAGUAAAACGUUGUUGGCGUCCUGCUCGUACGACUUUACUGUCAGGUGGUGGACUGUUCCUGGGAUGAGACGGUGAAGAUCUACACGCCUGCCUGUCUGUCUGCAGGAACACACAGCACAGCACCGUAAAACUCACGCAUGAGUCCUACUAUAGUUCUGAGAACAUUACAUUGAGUUUUGUUCAUCGCCUUGAGGCUUACUUUAACCCAGUGGUUCCCAAACUAUUUCUGUCAGGCCCUAAAAUUAUUUCUCCCCACACAAAGACGCAUCACCACACACACGCACAUCUUUGGUUAUUAAAUUCCAAUACAGUCUGAAAUAAUUUAUUCAUUUUACUGAAAAAAGGGUGAACAAACCUUUAAUGAAGUUUGUUCACUGGAGUCCCUUUGUCUUCAAAGAGUCAGUCACAUCUUACUGUGAACUUUAAACUUUGUUACUGUCCGCCCUUCCUGCAACGUAUCAUAACAGAUAAGUCCAGUCCCCCUAUCAUAAAAUAGAUUUCUGCAUCCAGCCUCAACACACUUUGUAAUAUUUACCUGACAGACCUUUCACACACUUCUCCAUGCAUCUAUAUUCAGCCCUCACUGCUCCCUCACUGAUGUACAACCCCUACCCGCUACCCAAUGUGGGAACCACUUCUCUAACCUCAACCAUAACUGCUACUUGCCUAACCCCAGCAUUGACUGUCAUGUCUGACCUAAACCUUGAAACCAAAUCUGAAAUGUUUACCUGGUUUGGUCCCCAGGUGGAAGUCCCCAGAUAGGGUCCCCACAAAGGGAUAAAUACCCAAACACACACACACACACACACACCUAUACAUAAACAUUAUCAGCAGCAGGAGUUGGGAAAGUUCCACCCAAUCUAAUCUAGUACACUGAGAACCCAAACACAUGUUUGUAACAAGGAGAUAAAGAGUGAAACAGAAAGAAGUUCCUCCAUUUUGUCAUAAAUCUUGCUUUUAAAUUCUUAUGAAGAAUAACAAGGAAUACGAUAAGUUACUGUUAGAGCUGCAUUUUAUUUGAUUAAUCAGAAGCCACUUUUGUAUCUCAAUAAUCCUGUACUUUGAUUAUGGCACAACAGCGCCACCUAAAAAAGUAUCUGAUCAUGAUUUUAUUUAAUAAGCAUCCUUUAUGUUUCGGGCUUGAUUAACAACUUGUGUUGACUUUAAUGUAAAUAAAUUAUGUAAAUCAGUGAGUGUGGUCCAUAAUAUCUGUCAUUUUCUGCUUCUCUUUCAUCUCAGUGAUAUUCUGGUAAACUGUGACUGAUUUCACUGCUGAGGUGUAGAUUAAUGGUUGUUGACGAUGUUGUCAGUGAUGAUCUGUAUGUGCAGUGCCUUCAAUAAAGAUGCAAAUAUCGCAUGAAGAUGUUGAUAUCAAA